AUGGCGUCCUACAACCCCAACCCCCCAGUCCACGGCAACCCCUUCAUCGACAUCCCCUCCGACACAGACAGCAAUCCCUUCCGCUGGGUCAAUGAAGACAUCCUCUCUGUCUUCCGGCUAUCCCGGCUGCUCCCCCUGAUUUUUCUCCCAUUACGCUCCUUCAAAUCCGGCUCUGCCGACGAACUCUACCCCUCCCUCCGCAAUCUCCGAGACCUGACUCUGCACAGUAUUCUAGUCAUCAGCCAGAUCUUCUUCCUCAUAUCCCUCCCAUUCACAUUCGCCACUCUCUGGGCCGUCCCAUUUAUAGUGCAUGCAGUGUUCUAUGCGGUCUUUGCCCUCUUCACCGCGGCUCUGGUGAGGCUGUUGAAUGGGCCACCAAGCGGACGCUCCCUUAUCGGGGUCCCAACAUCGAGACAGCCUGUCAAUGAUGAGAGAGAGCUGUGGUUCUUUAUUAACGGGAUUGCGACGGGCACUCACUGGCAUCAAUCAAACCUCAACAUCUUAGCAGAAACAUUCGGGAGACAGAUCGUCGGCAUCCAUAACCCAACUAAAGGCCUCAUCCUCGACAUAAUAGAAUGCCUGAUCCAGCGCGACCUCGACUACAAAACCGCUGAUAUCCGCCAAGGCCGCGCCCAGCUGCGCGCCGCGCUGGCAGCCCCGUCAACCCAGAAAGUCGUGCUGAUCGCACACUCGCAGGGGGGCAUAAUCGCGGCCUCGAUCCUGGAUUGGCUGUACGGCGAGCUGGGCCAUAGAGAGUUGCGCAAGUUGGAGGUUUAUACGUUUGCGAGUGCGGGGAGGGCGUUGCGGAAUCCGCCAUUGAGGGAUUUGGGGGAUUUUGGUGGUAAUACUGGUGGUGGUGGUGGGCACCAUGAACAUGAACAUGAGGAUGAGACUGAGAAUGAGAAUGAGCAUGAGCAUGGGCUUGAACACGACAAUCCCGGACUAGGGGAAAUGGCAAUGCCAGGACACAGGCGUGGUGAAGGCCCAGGCCGCGUUGACCGGGUUCUUCGAUACGUGGAGCAUUAUGCGAACACCAAAGACUUUGUGUCGAAUAUCGGGGUGUUGAGGUUCACGAGUCCCGCGGCGGCGUACUUGAACGGGAGUUUGUUCUCGGGGUCUGUGUUUGUGCGGGAGGGGUCGGGACACUUGCUCAAUAUGCAUUAUCUGAAUACAAUGUUUGGGGAGGAGAGCGGGUUUAUGGAUCGCAUGGUUGAUUUGCCCGUGAAGGGGCUGGAUGGGGUGGAGAGGAUCAUGCAGCGGCCGUUGGGGGAUUUGUCGAGGUUGUGGAAGUAUCGGGAUGGGGAUAGUCCUGAUGAGGACGAGAUUGCGAUGGAAUUUAAGGAUGCUGAGUAA